UCUAGGGCAUAAAAAUCUUAUUUUGCCUCUCUUGUCUCCGUCUUCGUUUUCUCGGAUUUGCGAAGCUCUAAUCUUUGUAUUUUUUUAUAUAUAAGCUUCAAAUGUUUUCUCAGUGUCUUGUAGAAUGCAGAAAUUUCCUUAAGUAGUAGCAGUUUGUGCGAUGAUCUAUUGGGGCUUUAGCCUUAGUGAAAAACAUGGCUGGAGAAGGUGAAGAAGAUCUACCUAGAGAUGCCAAGAUUGUGAAAUCUCUGCUUAAGUCGAUGGGUGUGGAGGACUACGAGCCACGUGUGAUGCACCAGUUUCUGGAAUUAUGGUACAGGUAUGUGGUCGAAGUGUUGACUGAUGCUCAGGUUUACUCAGAGCAUGCUAGCAAAUCUACCAUUGACUGUGACGAUGUGAAGCUCGCUAUUCAAUCCAAAGUUAAUUUCAGCUUCUCACAGCCACCUCCACGAGAGGUACUGCUAGAACUUGCUGCGAGCAGGAACAAGAUCCCUUUGCCAAAGUCCAUUGCAGGACCGGGUGUUCCUCUCCCGCCUGAGCAGGACACAUUGCUGAGCCCAAACUACCAGCUCGUGAUUCCAAAGAAGACAGCUUCAACAGAGCCUGAGGAAACAGAGGACGAUGAAGAAAUGACAGAUCCUGCACAGUCAUCUCAGGAACAACCGCAGCAACAACAAACAUCAGAGCUUCCGAGCCAAACUCCUCAAAGAGUCUCUUUCCCUCUCUCUAGACGACCCAAAUAGGCAGAGACACAGCCUAAAAUAAAUAAAAAAUCUAUAAAUGCUAUGUAUCAAGAAGUAGAAUGUAAGAGAAACCAAGUAUUAGUGACCAGAGUCGGUUUUUAUAGCCCAUGUGUGUAAAGGUAAAUCUCUUAAUUUAUUUCAUACUGGA